AUGAACCGUGCGGUGCCGGAUGUUGAAGAAUUCAUCAGAGGUCCUCAGAUCGCAUUACGCCUCUGUGAGGAGUUAUUUGAAGAAAGUGGCCCCCAAGCAAAUCAUAAUUUUCUCGUUCGGAUUCAUGAAGCUGUCAGACGUUUCAACGCCGUACUAUUUUUAAUGCUCUUUCAGAACGAAAUGACACCGGUGAUAACAUUCAUUUUCUUGCGUAUAUUGAUGAUCUUCUCUCAGACGCUCUACUACCAAAUCGAAGUAGAUUUUGAUAAUCUACUCCACGAGAUUGAAUACUACGCUUUUGUCGGAACUGUUUUAGCAGUCGAUUUUGAAGAAAGAGCCGCCGUGGAAUUUUUUGGCAAUGCAGAAAUCAUUGGUGAGCGAGUAGAAGUCGUGGAAGAAGAAAUGGAAGGUGUCGAAGAAUAUGAUGAAGAAGAAGAAGAAGAAGACACCGGCUCAGAAGAUUACCAGGAAGACUACAUUGAGCAAGAAAACGACGAUGCAGCCGAGGAAGACAAGUGA